CCAGAACGACUUUCCACCGCCUCGCUUGCUGCGCGUGCGACGCUGGGGUCCUUCGAUACCGGCUCAACGCACCGCAUGCGACCUCGGCGACUUCGACUACCUUACCUAAGCUGCCGGCCGACAUGGGUGACAAGGCGGAGCCUCGAUCCGCUUGCUCGGCGCUACUCCACGACGACAGAAACGGCCAAUUCGGUCCGUCCUCCGUCCUCCUAAUCCAGUAGUCAACUGCGUCUCUCCGGUACCUCAAGGUCCAUCUAUCUUUAUCCAUUGCCUUGUCAAAAGAGGAAACAAAGAGACAUCGCCAUGAAGCUCACAAAGUACGAGUCGGCAGCUCUGGCAUUGCUCGCGGCGGUCCCCUCUGUGCAAGCCGCGUGUAGCCUUCCGUCCACCUACAAGUGGACUUCGACCGGAGCCCUCGCGACGCCCAAGUCGGGUUGGGCCUCCCUCAAAGAUUUUACCCAUGUCCCUUACAACGGAAAGCACCUGGUGUAUGCAACAACCCACAAUAUGGGAACUAGCUAUCUCUCCAUGAACUUUGGCCUAUUCACGAACUGGUCCGACAUGGCCUCGGCGAGCCAGAAUGCCAUGACUUCGGUCACCGCCGUUGCGCCGACCCUCUUCUACUUCUCGCCCAAGAACAUCUGGAUCCUUGCCUAUCAAUGGGGUGCCACCGCCUUCUCCUACCGCACGUCGACCGACCCUACCAACCCGAACGGAUGGUCCGCCGCACAGCCGCUGUUCUCAGGCACCAUCACGGGAUCCAACACGGGCCCCAUUGACCAGACCCUGAUCGGCGAUGACACCCACAUGUACCUGUUCUUUGCCGGCGACAACGGCAAGAUCUACCGGGCCAGCAUGCCGAUUGGGAACUUCCCGGGCAACUUUGGCACUGCAUCGACCGUCAUCAUGAGCGGCGCGACCUACGACCUCUUCGAGGCCGUCCAGGUCUACAAGGUCAAGGACCAGAACCAAUACCUCAUGUUGGUCGAGUCCAUCGGCUCCAAUGGGCGCUACUUCCGCUCCUACACGGCCACCAGCCUCAGCGGCUCCUGGACGCCCCAGGCCACGAGCGAGAGCGCACCCUUCGCCGGCAAGGCCAACAGCGGCGCCACGUGGACCAACGACAUCAGCCACGGCGACCUGAUCCGCGCCACUGCGGACCAGACCAUGACCAUCGACCCCUGCAACCUGCAGCUGCUCUACCAGGGCCGCGACCCCAGGUCCGACAGCAGCAACUACGACCUCCUGGCUUACCGCCCGGGCCUCCUCACCUUGCAGGGCGCCAACGGCGGCGGAUCCCCGGGCACCACGACCACCAAGCCAUCCCCGACCACAACGGCUCCCGGCGGUGCCACCCAGACGCGCUAUGGCCAGUGUGGCGGGAACGGAUACACGGGGCCGACUGUCUGCGCGAGCCCCUACAAGUGCACCUAUGCGAACGAAUGGUACUCCCAGUGUCUGUGAAGUGUGAAGCAGCAGGAAAAAGCCGGUGAACGUGACCCCCGGGAUCGAUGAUGGCACAGAGUCGGGAAUUCUAGGGGUUGCAAGGGCCAUGACACCAGAAGAGGGUUUACAGGUUCGAUUGUCCAUAGUUUACGUGCGAAGUACAUAACGUGGCUUAUUGUUACUGAGAGUUUUGCAUUAUCUGAGCUGUGAUCAAGGUUUCAAGCCGACUCAUCGACGCCAGUCACCGCCCUGCGUCUUGGCCCGCAUCAAAGCAGAUGGACAUGAUAGGUGACACGAAGUACGGACGUUGCUGGAGCACCUGCUCGUCUAACAGCCGGUAUCACUCUCAUUGGAUGAGCCGAAAUAGAGGAGCAGACUCAGUCCCGUUCGCUCGCAUGUGCCGUCUCUUGCCUUGUCCAG